AUGGAGCAAGCAUUCAGGUCAUGGGCCCCCUUCGCCCCUUUCAAGGGCUCAGCAGCCUUCACCGUCACCCCCGCCCUCACGCCCUCCAUCGAGCGCAGCAAUCACUUUGAUGCUCCCUCUCGCGCAGAAGAGGCAGCUAGGAGCUCCUCUGUCGACUCCAAUGUCACUCUGGUCGACAGCCAAGAAGUCAAGGGCAGUCUCCCCUGCCCACCCAGUCACCAUGGACCGGCUCCAAGCAUCGAUGGCUCUUCGCGCGGCAUAGUCCCUGUGCUCAGCAGGGGUGUCUUCAAAGCUGAUGCCUCAUGGCAUUGGGCCAUGACCGAUCGCGAACUCUACCACCGUCUGCAGAAUCUCUCCUCCUAUCCCUCAGCAGUACCCAUCGCUCGACGUCGUGUCUUUGGUGAGAUGGCCAGCCUACUCGCUGAUGCUGCUCUGUUGGAACAGGACGGAACGCACGUCUUUUCCCUUGCAAAGUGUUUCGAUCCUGAUGAGUUCAAGGCAUUUCUGCAGAGAAGCCACGAUGCUACUACCGACAAGUUCAGCGCCUACAACACGAGGAGGGCCGAGGCCAGCCGGAAGUAUGUGGACGAAGAAAUGCCGCAGCAAUCCCAAAAGGGCUCCUCAUUGGACCGCACAUUGCGCAAGAGACGGAGAGCUGUUGCAGGUCAGGAGAUGUUCCGUGGAGACAGGGAGCUGGCAAAGGCAUGGAUGAGGCGGUCCAGUGUGGUCAAGUACGUCGAUGGAGCUUGGCUGCAGCACCUUCAUCGCACCACCACCGGCAUUGGUGGGCUGGCAGACGGUAGGGGAGGCGAAGGCUCUCCUGCUUGGCUCAGAGCUCAACGGCGUGCUGCUAGAAACAGCUGGCAAGUCAUGAGUGAGGAGUUGGGUGACGGUGACAUCUUUCGGUCUCACGUAGCCAUAUACGACAAUACCAUGGACGCACUGGCAAGGGAAGACGAGGGCGAGUCUGCGUCGUUACCGCCCAAAGGCCAUGAUCGGGCUUUCACGGAAUGGGAAGGAGCUGCCGGACAUGAUCCGCAUCACCCGAAGUCCAGCGCGGGCUUGGGACAAGACAGCGAUGGCAAUGCCCGCUGUUGGCGCGCCGCUGUCGCUCAGCUAGCACUCUCGAUAUCUCCCAACGAGUUUCUUCCGGAGUCACUCGGCUGGAACGCAGCAUAUGAGGGCCUCCCACUCCAUUUGCUCAUUUCCGCCAGAGAGCUGGAAGAGCUCGACCUUGAUGCAUACUACUUUUGGCUGCACAUCUCCAUCGACAAUGCAGCUACUGGGCACGCUGCUAUGGCGCGAGAGUGCAUCAACGACCUGCUACGGGAGGCUCAGGCGGCAAAAGGCCAGGACUUCGCAGAUGAGGAGUGGGCCAGAGUCAAGCUGGGCUUUGCUUUGGCAGAGGCCAUCCCGACGACUCCUAUCCUGAGCGAAGGCGGAGAUGAGGAUGACCACACACCGUAUGAGCUGACGUGGACAAGUGUCACACAGGAGGAUGUCUCGCCAGCUUCUACCUCAUCGCCGACUCAUCACAUCUCCUCCGAUGUAAUUCGCUCACAACUCGUCGACAUCUUGAAGUCGAAAGCACCUACGGCACACGGUCUGCACCACGGCGUGCGAGCACGUCUAGCAGGCGAGUCUCUCUCCCACUGGCUCGACCCAAUUCACGCCCAAGAGAGAGUGCCUCAGCUACUGGACGCCCUGUCUGCGAACCCCAUCUGGAUCAAGCCCGGCUCAGCUGGAGAGAGCAAGUUUGUCAAGGAAUUCGAAUGGGGAGGCAAGAUGUUCGGCGCUAUGACUGGCAAUGAGGUUCACGUGCUGCGAACCUGGGUGGACAGUCUCGCCGUGCAGGGCGAAGAGGAGAAGGAUGGCAUUCGUCUCCUGAGCGACAGUGACGCCGAGCAAGCGGGCAGAGAGGCGCUCAUGGUCUGGCUCUCCGCUCAGCUGCCAGAGGGUGUCCAGCCUCGCACAGCUUUAGAGACACCAGAAUGGCUGCGCAGUCCUACCCUGCCGACAGUCCUUCUUGGUGCUGAUCGGAAACUAGGCGACAAGCUCGAGUCAUGGGCAGACUUUACCGCAAAAGUCGUGCCUGACCUCUACAAGGGUCUUGUGGAGCGGCCAGAUGCGAUCUCGAAACUGCCGACAAAUUUGCCUGCAUUGCUGGACGUUUUGGAUCCCUCAAGCAACACGGGCAGCACGACUUCGACAUCUAGCGACUUUCUGGCCUCCCUCUCCUCCCUCUAUCCAUGCCCGGCAAUGCCCGCCUCAUCCACAAACCUCCUUGACGCCCUCGCCCCUAUCCUCCUCACCCUUCCCGCACCACUGGAGCGCUCCCUCUCCCUUUCUCCCGGUCGCCUCGCCUCUCACCUGGGCAUGGCAGCAGUCAAGACUUUGCGUGUGCUGCAUGGUUUCACCGAAGUGAGCGAUCCAGCUCAGCAGGUAGAGCGUGGAGGGGAUGGAAGAGAAGUAGGGUGUAUGGGCACUGAAGACGGGCAGGGUUUGGGGAUCUGGGAGCUAGUGGAGAGAGCAUGGCAACGACGUUGGGCAGGCGAGAGUGUCAGUGGCAAUGCAGAAGCACCUUCAAUCGCUCUUGAUGCGUUCAAAGAUGGGCCACCGGCGAGACUAGCCCUACCUUCGCUGCUCCUGCUCCUCUCAUCGCAAUUCUGGGAGCUGGCACCAAUUUUGCUGGGACUGCAGCUCUUCCUCGUGCAGGCUCUUCUGGGCAACAAAAGGGUCCUGGCUGUACUAUCUGGCUUGGAUUGCUCCGAUGUUCUCACUGAGAAGGGUGUCGUCAAUAGCAGUAGCGGAGAGUCACAUCAGGUACGCGCCCAACUGGAGGGAAUGGUCCUGCAUGCCAAUCGCUGGGUACAGCGUGCGAUUGAGGUAGCUGUAGAGCGAGAGAGCUCAGAAGAGAUGAGAGAGCAGGUGCGCAGCGAGGUUGCAAGGGGCUGGAGGAUCGCCAGGCAGGGUGUGCAGGUCGCUCUCGAGGGUUGA